AUGACUGCGGUUCGUCUCCGUGAUACCAUCAUCCUGUGUCUUUCGGAAGCUGAGUCUGACUCCAAUGAAGAUCAACAGAAAGCUUUGCAGACUCUGGUUUUCAUCACCAAGGUCAGCCCCCAAAACAGGAACUUACUCGCACAAACAGAUGGUGCCAUCCCUAUCUUUCUCACCCUAUCUAAGUCAUCCUCCCCAGUCAUCCAGACUCUCUCUCUAUCCAUCCUCUUUAACCUCUCCCUAAAUCCCAACCUAAAGCAGUCUCUUGCAGAUAUGGAAACCAUUGAUCACCUCAACUCCAUAAUUCUCUCCCCGGCCUGUUUGGAGUCGAGCAAAGUAGCAGCUUCUUUGAUCUGCAGCCUGGCAAUGCUAGACAAGAACAAGGCCAGGUUUGGAGUAGGGGGCACCAUUCAAUCGCUGGUGAAGUCGGUAUCUGGACCUCGCGGUCCUGCUGCCCAUCACCUCCUUAGUUCUCUGGCCGAGCUCGUGCAGUUCCAUGGGAACUGCACUGUGGCUGUCCGAUCAGGAGCUGUUCAGGUGCUGAUUGGAAUAGUGGAGAGUAGUGAUUGUGAAGAUCUAGCCGGAACUUCUCUUGCCAUACUGGGACUCCUUGCUAGGUUUGAAGAAGGAUUAAAUGGUCUGAGAAAGAUUGAUCAGAUUGUGAAUACAAUGUUGGAAGUGUUGAGAGGGAGGUGCAUGUUGAGCAAGGAAGGUGCCGCUGAAAUACUUAUUCGCCUGUUUGAAGAAAGCGAGGGAUGUGUGAGAGAUGCUUUGAGGCUGCCGGAGUUCUCCUCUGUGCUGGCUGAUCUCUCUGUCAGAGGAUCAGGAAGAGCUCGAGAGAAGUCCGGUUUGCUGAUGAAGAAGAUGAUGGAGGCCGACUUGGAUUCCUAUGUUGAUGGGAACCCCAUGUUUUACCAAUGGUAG